AUGGCGCUGAGCGGGGUCGUGAGGGCGGCGAGGGGCAGGUGUGCGCGGGCUCUGCGCUCGGUGGUGCCACCUGCGGCGGGCACAGGUGCCACCCGGGGCACAGGUGACACCAGAGGCACAGGUGCCACCCGGGGCACAGGUGCCACCCGGGGCACAGGUGACACCAGAGGCACAGGUGCCACCCGGGGCACAGGUGACACCCGGGGCACAGGUGACACCAUCUUCGCGCUGUCCUCGGCGCCGGGGCGCUGCGGCGUGGCCGUGAUCCGGGCCAGCGGGCCGGGCAGCGGGGCCGCCCUGCGCAGCCUCACCGGGACCCCCGAGCCCCCGCCCCGGGUUAUGGCCCUGCGGCGCAUCCAGGACCCCCAGACCACCGAGACCCUGGACAGGGGGCUCGUAGUGUGGUUCCCAGGGCCCCGCAGCUUUACCGGGGAGGACUGCGCCGAGCUGCACGUGCACGGGGGGCCCGCCGUGGUCAGCGGGGUGCUGCGGGCCCUGGGCCGUUUGCCGGGGCUGCGUCCGGCCGAGCCGGGCGAGUUCACCCGCCGGGCGUUUGCCCACGGCAAGCUGGACCUGACGGCGGCCGAGGGGCUGCGGGACCUCAUCGGGGCCGAGACGGAGGCGCAGCGGCGCCAGGCGCUCCGGCAGAUGGAGGGCGACCUGGGCCGGCUCUACCAGCGCUGGAGCCACUCCCUCACCCAGGCACUCGCCCACCUGGAGGCCUACAUCGACUUCAGCGAGGAUGACAACGUGGAGGAAGAGGUUCUGACCCAAGUGCGUGUCACCGUGCGGGCGCUGCUGCAGGAGCUCCGGGGCCACCUGCGGGACGGGCGCCGGGGGGAGCUGCUGCGGGGGGGGGUCCGGGCCGUCAUCGCCGGCCCCCCCAACGUGGGCAAGAGCAGCCUGCUCAACCUGCUCUGUCGGCGCCCGGCCGCCAUCGUGUCCCCCACGGCGGGCACCACGCGGGACGUGCUGGAGGUGGCCCUGGACAUCGGGGGGUACCCGCUGGUGCUCAGUGACACCGCGGGGCUGCGCCAGGCCACCGACCCUGUGGAGCGCGAGGGGGUGGCCCGGGCACGCGCCCGGUUGUGCCAGGCUGACCUGGUGCUGGCAGUGCUGGAUGCCACCUCGGUGCCACCCACGCCGGUGGCUCUGGAGGCAGCGCUGGCAGCGCUGGAGCCGCCCCCGGGCACCCCCUGCGUGCUGGUGCUCAACAAGGCCGACCUGAUGGGGGGGCAUGGGGGGUCCCUGAGUGCCACCAGUGCCCAGGGACCCCCUGGACCCCCUGCCACCCUGCUGUCCUGCAAGACGGGCGAGGGGCUGGAGGCGCUGCUGGAGCUGCUGACACAACAGCUGGCACAGCUGUGCGGGGAUCCCCUCCUGGGCUCUCCCAGCCUGACUCAGAGCAGGCACAGCCGCCACCUCGGGGCGUGCGCGGCAGCCCUGGAGCGCUUUGGGGACCUUGGGGACAGCGGGGACCUGGCGGUGGCGGCCGAGCAGCUGCGGGUGGCGCGGCGGGAGCUGGGCAGGAUCACCGGGCACGUGGGCGCCGAGGACGUCCUGGAUAUCAUUUUUAGGGAUUUUUGUGUCGGGAAGUGA